AUGGUCAACGUCACCUACGAUGCUUCGAACGACCUGCAGUACACCGACCCUGACACGGGCGCCAUCACCGUCUACAACCUCGGCGACAUCGCAUGGGUCAUCUCCGCCACUGCUUUGGUCUGGAUCAUGAUUCCCGGCGUCGGCUUUUUCUACUCUGGCCUCCUCAGGCGCAAGAACGCCCUCUCCAUGAUAUGGGCUUCCAUGAUGACCCUCGCCGUCGUCUCCUUUGAGUGGUUCUUCUGGGGCUACUCCCUCGCAUUCAGCGAAACCGGGAACAAGUACAUCGGUGACCUCAAAUAUUUCGGCCUCAAAGGCGUUCUCGACCAGCCCUCCAUUGGCAGCGCGCGCAUCCCCGCCCUCGCCUUCUGCGUCUUCCAGCUCAUGUUCGCCGCCAUCACCCCGAUGCUCGCGCUCGGCGCCAUCGCGGAGCGCGCGCGUCUCGGUCCGACCAUGGUCUUCGUCUUCGUCUGGUCGACGAUCGUGUACAACCCGAUCGCGUGCUGGACCUGGAGCGCGAACGGCUGGUCGCUGCUCAUGGGCGGGCUCGACUUCGCGGGCGGCACGCCCGUGCACAUCUCCUCCGGCACCGCCGCGCUCGCGAUCAGCGUGUACCUCGGGAAGCGCCGCGGGUACGGCACGGAGCGCCUCGCGUACAAGCCGCACAACACGUCGUACGUCGUGCUCGGGACCGUGUUCCUGUGGUUUGGGUGGUUCGGGUUCAACGGCGGCUCGGCGCUCGGCGCGAACCUGCGCGCGGUGCAGGCGUGUAUCGUGACGAACCUCGCGGCGAGCGUCGGUGGGUUGACGUGGAUGCUGUGGGACUACAGGCUCGAACGCAAGUGGAGCGUCGUCGGCUUUUGCUCUGGUGCGGUCGCGGGCCUCGUCGCGAUCACGCCUGGUUCUGGAUAUGUCGGCGCGCCCGCGGCGGUGUUGUUCGGCGUGCUGGGCGGCACGGUGUGCAAUUUCGCGACGCAGCUCAAGUUCUAUCUGCACUACGACGACGCGCUCGACAUCUUCGCGGUGCACACCAUCGGCGGCAUCGUCGGGAACAUCCUAACAGGGCUCUUCGCGCAGAGCUCGGUCGCCGGGUUCGACGGGAUCGCCUCAAUCCCUGGGGGGUGGCUCAACCGCCACUACAUCCAGCUCGGGUACCAGAUCGCGGACUCGAUGAGCGGGAUGGCGUACUCGUUCGUGCUCACGACGAUCAUCCUCUGGAUCAUGCACUACAUUCCGGGGCUGCGCAUGCGCACGACGGAGGAGGCGGAGGUGGUGGGCAUGGACGACUACGACAUGGGCGAGUUUGCGUACGAUUACGUCGGGCUGGAGGCGGAUCUCGGCGUGAGGGAUGUGGAGGGCGGGUUGAGGAAGGAGCUGGAGAACCAUACGGAUGGCGGGAGGGAGCCGCGGCAUCAUGUGGUGGAGGCGGCGAGCAGCGCGGCGAGCGACGAGGAGAAGAGGGUGUAGAGGGUGUAGGUCUGCUUCUUUCGUUUGCUUUCUUGUCUGUUUCUUCUACCUGUUGCUCUCCACUUCAGAUACACACACGUAUAUAUAGUAUAGCUCCCCAGAGCUCGCUCGGGUCUGCUUGUGGGUUAAUCAUGUCAGCAGCAGUCGCCGUUGGACCCUUGGUGUCGUCCUCUCUUGUUUUUUCUUGUAGAUCUUGGUUCGUCCAUGUCAGCCGCCGCCGCCGCCCACUUUU